CGUGGGGUGAAGCGCAGGAGGAGCUCGCCCAAAAAACCGCUGUCCAACAAACCGCAGGACUUCCAGAUCCGGGUUCGGGUGAUCGAGGCCCGGCAGCUGCCCGGCGUUCACAUCCGCCCCGUGGUGAAGGUGACGGCGGCGGGGCAGACCAAGAGGACCAGGAUACGCAAAGGCAACAGCCCCCGCUUCGACGAGACCUUCUUCUUCAACGUCUUCGAGUCGCCGGCUGAGCUGUUCGAUGUGCCCAUCUUCAUCACCGUCCUGGACUCGCGCUCCUUCCGGAUGGACGCGGUGAUCGGGGAGUUUCGGAUGGACGUUGAGAGCAUCUACUCGGAGCCCAAACAUGCGAUCCUCAGGCGGUGGCUGCUGCUCUCCGACCCGGAGGACUUCACAGCGGGGGCAAAGGGGUACCUGAAGGUCAGCCUGCUCGUGCUGGGGCCCGGGGACGAAGCUCCUGUGGAGAAGAAGGAGGUUUCCGAAGACAAGGAAGACAUCGAGGGGAACCUCCUGCGUCCCACGGGGGUCACCUUGCGAGGGGCUCAGUUCUGCCUGAAGAUCUUCAAAGCUGAAGAUUUGCCCCAGAUGGACGACGCCGUCAUGGACAACGUCAGGCAGAUCUUUGGCUUUGAGAGCAACAAGAAGAACCUGGUCGACCCCUUUGUGGAAGUCAGCUUCGCGGGGAAGACGCUCUUCUCGAGGAUCCUGGAGAAGAACGCCAACCCGCAGUGGAACCAGUGCCUGACGCUGCCGGUGAUGUUCCCUUCCAUGUGUGAGAAGAUGAAGAUCCGGGUGACCGACUGGGACCGUCUCACACACAACGACGUCGUCGGCACCGCCUACCUCUGCAUGUCCAAGAUCUCUGCGCCCGGCGGGGAGCUGGAGGAUGCGUUUCCUGCUCUCACGAAGUCUCUGAAAGCCUCAGACUUGGACGACGGGCUGGGCUUCCUGCCGACCUUUGGCCCGUGCUACAUCAACCUGUACGGCAGCCCCCGCGAGUUCACCGGCUUCCCCGACCCGUACGAGGCGCUCAAUUUAGGAAAGGGCGAGGGCGUCGCGUACCGCGGCCGGGUGCUGCUGGAGCUGGAGACCAAGCUGGCGGAGCACGGGGAGCUGAAGGUGGAGGACAUCUCCGCAGAUGACAUCCUGCGGGUGGAGAAGCACCUGCGGCGGAGGAAGUACUCCCUCUUUGCUGCCUUCUACUCGGCCACCAUGCUGCAGGACGUGGACGAUGCCAUCCAGUUUGAGGUCAGCAUUGGCAACUAUGGCAACAAGUUUGACAACACCUGCUUGCCCUUGGCCUCCACCACGCAGUACAGCCGGGCUGUGUUCGAUGGUUGCCAGUAUUACUACCUGCCCUGGGGCAACGUGAAGCCCGUGGUGGUGCUGUCCUCCUACUGGGAAGACAUCAGCUACCGAACCGACACUCAGAACCUCCUCCAGUAUGCGGCAGACAGGCUGGAAGCCAACCUGGAGCAGAUCCACCUUGUGCUCAAGGCCAACGGCGCGCCGGGAGAGCUGCAGUCCCUGGGUGCCCAGCUGAUGGACGACGUCAUUGCAGACUGCAGCGUUCCGCUGCCCGACGUGCUGGGGAAGGUGGCCAGCACACACCUGGACCAGAACCUGUACCGCUUCCGCAGCACCAACCUGGAGCAGGUGGUGCGGGCGGCCCUGAGGCUGAAGCACGAGGAGCUGAGCCUGCCAGCCUUGCUGGAGCAGGCGGAGGACUGGCUGUGCCGGCUGCGUGCCAUGGCUGAGGAGCCCCAGAACAGCCUCCCAGACGUGGUGAUCUGGAUGCUGCGGGGUGAGAGGCGCGUUGCCUACGCCCGCGUGCCGGCCCACGAGGUGCUCUACUCCCGUGGUGGCCCCAGCUGUUGUGGUAGGAACUGUGGCAAGCUGCAGACCAUCUUCCUGAAGUACCCCCAGGAGGAGGCGAUGGGGCCACGGAUCCCAGCCCAGAUCCGCGUCCAGCUCUGGUUUGGGCUCUCUGUUGACGAGAAGGAGUUCAACCAAUUCGCUGAGGGGAGGCUCUCCGUCUUUGCUGAAACCUACGAGAACCAGACCAAGCUGGCACUGGUGGGGAACUGGGGCACCACCGGCCUGACUUACCCCAAAUAUUCCGAUGUCACCGGCAAGAUCAAGCUCCCCAAGGACAGCUUCAAGCCCUCCACGGGCUGGACCUGGGCUGGUGAUUGGUUCAUCAGCCCGGAGAAAACGCUGCUGCACGAGGCAGACGCGGGGCACCUGAGCUUCGUGGAGGAGGUGUUUGAGAACCAGGUGCGGCUGCCGGGCGGGCAGUGGAUCCACAUGGCUGACGCCUACAGCGAUGUGAAUGGGGAGAAGGUUCUGCCCAAGGAUGAGAUCGAGUGUCCUCCGGGCUGGAAAUGGGAAGACGUGGAGUGGGACACCGACCUCAACAGAGCCGUGGAUGAGAAAGGCUGGGAGUAUGGCAUCACCAUCCCCCCGGACCGCCGGCCCAAGGCCUGGGUGCCAGCUGAGAAGAUGUACCACACCAACCGGCGCCGGCGUUGGGUGCGACUGCGCAGCAGGGACCUGGCACAGAUGGAGACCGUCAGGAAGGUGGGGUGAGAGCAGGGGAACGGGG